CCGCCACCGCCGCGGCCCCGCCGGCUGCCGUCGCGGGCUGAGGGUCUGGUUCGGGCAGGGGUCCUAACCCCGAGACUGGGGCAUCCCUGGCGCAGCCGAGAGGCACGGAGCCCGCGGGGGACGUAAAUUACGCUGCAGCACUCGCCGGGUGAACGGCGUGGGCAGGCGGACGGCCGGGCUUCGGGCGCCCCGAGGGCAGGGCUCCCCGACUUCUCCAGGGGAGCCUCAACCCCGAGGGGCGCACAGAGCUAGCGUGCCCCAGCAGCGCCGGACCUUGCGCUCAUCCCCCGCGUACCCCACUUCUGCACAAACUUUUCUGACGCCCUCGCCCGUGGGGGUCGCGGGGAGCGCUGGGGCUGCCCCUUGGGCUCCCGCCCCGCCGGACCCUAGCCACGCUGACCUCCUGCCUCUUGUAGCCUCAGUGGCGACCUCUCCAGGCCGGGCUGCGCGUGGCACUCGAGGAGAGCGCGGUAACCACCGUCGCUCUCCGAAGGCUCCCGCGCCCCCGGGGGCAGCCAGGCGGGGUAAUGCCCUCGGUGAUGGAGAAGCCGAGUGCGGGCUCCGGGAUCCUGUCCCGCAGCCGGGCCAAGACGGCGCCCAACGGCGGACAGCCGCACUCGGAGGAUGACAGCAGCGAGGAGGAGCACUCGCACGACAGCAUGAUCCGAGUUGGAACCAAUUACCAGGCCGUAAUUCCGGAGUGCAAGCCUGAGAGCCCAGCUCGCUACAGCAACAAGGAGCUGAAGGGGAUGUUGGUGUGGUCACCCAACCACUGCGUGUCAGAUGCUAAGCUUGACAAGUACAUUGCUAUGGCCAAGGAGAAGCAUGGCUACAACAUCGAGCAGGCACUGGGCAUGCUCCUGUGGCAUAAACAUGAUGUGGAGAAGUCACUGGCUGACCUGGCCAACUUCACCCCGUUCCCUGAUGAGUGGACCGUGGAGGAUAAGGUGCUGUUCGAGCAGGCCUUUGGCUUCCACGGCAAGUGCUUCCAGCGGAUCCAGCAGAUGCUGCCUGACAAGCUCAUUCCCAGCCUGGUGAAGUAUUAUUACUCUUGGAAGAAGACCCGCAGCCGAACCAGUGUGAUGGACAGACAGGCACGGCGGCUGGGUGGCCGGAAGGACAAAGAAGACAGCGAUGAGCUUGAAGAGGGACGAGGAGCCGUGAGUGAGGGAGAGCCAGAUGCUGGAGACCCCAAGAGAGAGCCUCUGCCCUCUAGGCCCCUGAAUACACGCCCAGGCCCUGGAAAGAAGGAGGUCCAGGUGUCUCAGUACCGCCACCACCCGCUCCGAACCCGGCGACGCCCACCCAAGGGCAUGUACCUGAGUCCUGAGGGCCUCACUGCAGUGUCAGGAAGCCCAGACCUUGCCAACCUCACACUCCGGGGUCUCGAUUCCCAGCUCAUCUCCCUCAAACGCCAGGUGCAGAGCAUGAAGCAGGCCAACAGCAGCCUCCGCCAAGCCCUGGAGGGUGGCAUCGACCCGCUCCGCCCCCCUGAGGCCAAUACCAAGUUCAACUCCCGAUGGACCACAGAUGAGCAGCUUUUGGCUGUGCAAGCCAUCCGUAGAUAUGGCAAAGACUUUGGGGCUAUUGCCGAGGUGAUUGGGAACAAGACUUUGACCCAGGUGAAGACCUUCUUUGUGAGCUACCGGCGCCGCUUCAAUCUGGAGGAGGUGCUGCAGGAGUGGGAGGCCGAGCAGGAUGGGGCCCCUGGAGCCCCAGUGCCCAUGGAGCAGGCCAGGAGAGGGGCUCCCUUGCCAGCCCCAGCCCUAGAGGAGGACGAUGAGGUCCAGAUUACAUCUGUCUCAACAUCUGUGCCCAGAUCGGUGCCCCCUGCACCGCCACCCCCACCAUUGCCCUCCUCGCUGUCCCAGCCUCCCCCGCUGCUGAGGCCACCUCUGCCCACGGCUCCCACCCUGCUUCGCCAGCCACCCCCACUACAGCAGGGCCGCUUCCUGCAGCCCCGGCUCGCUCCUAAUCAGCCCCCUCCACCUCUCAUCCGCCCGGCCUUGCCUGCCUCCCGCCACAGUGCCCGCCCUGGUCCUCAGCCCCCACCUACCCUGAUCGGAGCCCCUCUGGAACCUCCAGCACCCUCACUCUGAGCCUUGGGGUCCUCUACCACCCACGGGCUCCUGAACCCCUUUGCUGGCAUCUCCGGCAUCUCUGAGGACAGAAGGGACUAGAGCUCUUGCCAGAUCUUUCAAAGACCCAGAGCUGCCAGUUGGCACAGCCCAGCCUGUGGGUUCUGCGUGUGUCCUGGCAGCUGAGUUGCAGGCUGGGGCUAAGGGGCCUUCAGAGCUGGCCUGAGGACUCUGCUUCCUGGCUAGGACUGGAAUGGCUGCCUCCUUAUCUGCGAGGGGCUUGGCCUUUGGGCCUGCCUGUUGUGUGUAGGGGGUAGUGACCUUAGCAUGGGGGCAGGGUAGGACAGUUUGGGGUGUUGGCUGUCCUCAUUCCCCUUUCCCUCCUUUUAGCAAUAAGUCUGGGGUGAGGUGGGGAGGGGUGGGGGGAGGUGGGCAGAGUCCUGAAGGAAGUCCCAUUCUUCUGCAGGACCAGGUGGGAAUGCUGAAGGGCCCUGAGGGUGCCCACCUCACCCGUCCUCCCUGGAGCUUGGGGAAAGGGGGGCUGGAAACUUAGGGAGACAUGGGUUUAUUUUUCAAUGUUUUUUAAGAAUAAAUAAAUACAACCUCCUAA